AUGGCCUCUCAAUCACGAGAUAUGCCACCACCUACCGCGCCCGCGUCCAAGACACGCAAACGCUCACGUGGUGAAUCGGCGGAUGUCGCGAUACAUGUGCCCGAMAGCUCUGCGAUUGUCAUCGACGUGGACGACCCGUUCUCUACUCAAGACCAGCAACGAGACACGACAACUGACUUUACAGCCGCAAAAAUGCCAAAUGCGCAGAAUCAACACCAGGCACAGAGCUUGCAGCGAGCUCCAGCGUCUGCACAGAGCGCCGACGUCACUCACAGACAACGCAUCGCUGUCAAAUCUGAAAAGAGCUCCCACCAAUUCAAACAGCCAUCCCAGCAGGAGAUUCUCCGCGAAGAUGAAGAGCCAAGUUCGGACAUUACCACAACAUCCAACGAUCCCGGUCUGCCAGAGGAACGCAUCGAGGACUUCGACUGGAGUGAAAUGGAGGGUCGCUAUCAUCGGAAACUGCAAGAGGUGCAAAAGAAGGAGCAAGACAACUUUUCGGAGCUCGAUGACUUGGUUAAGUUCUUCGGCAUUUGGGCAGAAAUGGGUGCUCGGAAGGAGGAUGAUCGAGGCUUCAAGCGUCUCAAGACACAAAUGACAUAUGUCCAGCACGAGGAAGGUGAACUCGAGAAGAAGCGUCUGCAUUACAUACGAGUUGUCGAUGCUUUCAAGAGUGCGCUUGAACUCCUCGCAAAUUGA